AUGGAAAGGCAUAGCUUUUGUAGCGGCAAUAACACCAACACCAACAAUACCAAAGACAAGCAGCAAUGGAGAGCCGAAGAAGCCACAGCUGGCAACGCUGAAGCUCUCCAAGCUCUCAGAGAACUCAUCAUCUACCCUCUUCUUUAUUCGCCUAAAGCCCAAAAGCUCCGUCUCAAAUGGCCUCGAGGUUUACUUCUCUACGGUCCACCGGGCACCGGAAAGACAAGCUUGGUACGAUCAGUAGUUCGGGAAUGUGGUGCACAUUUAACUGUCAUCCGUUCGCAUGCUGGAACAAGUGUGAAAUUUUUACAGGAGGCUUUCUCAGAGGCUUCAUCGCAUGCAUUGCCAGGCAAGCCGUCACCAGUCAUCUUUAUAGAUGAAAUAGACGUACUCUGUCCUCGCCGUGAUUCUAGAAGUGCAAAAGAUCGCCUAGCAUGUGAACUCAUUAGGCUGAUGGACUCCAACACAUCCUCAUGCGUAUCACAAGUUGUUUUUGUUGCAUGCACUAACAGAGUUGAAUCAAUUCAUCCAGCACUAAGAAGGCAUGGGCGUCUUGAUUUUGAAAUUGAAGUUACUACACCUACUGAAGAAGAACGCUUUCAAAUUCUCAAGCUCUACACGAGGAAGCUUCCUUUGGAUUCCAACAUUAAUCUACAAGCCUUAGCUGCAUCUUCUAAUGGAUAUGUUGGGGCUGACCUUCAAGAUUUAUGUCGUGAGUCUACUCGCUUUGCAAAGAAAAGGAGCUCAGAUGCAAAUGAAGAUGCUGGUGUGUUUAGCGUAACAACAGAAGACUUUAUGCAUGUAAGAUCUGAGGGUAAUCGAAGUAUAACAAGAGGUGUUACGGUGGAAAUCCCCGAAUUGAAGUGGGAAGAUAUAGGAGGAUUAAAAGAUGUGAAGGAAACCCUCAAGGAAGCUCUUGAGGGGCCUCUUACAUAUGCUACACAGCAGAAAAGGCUGGGAAUAUCACCCAUGGGUGGAAUUCUUCUCUAUGGUCCUCCAGGAUGCUCAAAAACCACCCUUGCUAAAGCUGCUGCACAUGCUACCCAAGCUUGUUUUUUUUCUUUGAGUGGUGCGGAUUUGUUUUCAAAGUAUGUUGGAGAGGGUGAAGCCUUACUGCGCAAUACCUUUCGGAUUGCUCGCCUUACAGCACCAAGCAUAAUAUUCUUUGAUGAGGUGGAUAUUAUUGGUAAUAAAAGAGGUGACAGUUCAAGCAACAACAGUACCGUUGGAGAAAGGAUUCUGUCUACUUUGCUGAAUGAAAUGGAUGGUUUAGUAGAGGCCAAGGGAGUCUUUGUUUUGGCUGCUACGAAUCGUCUUUCUGCAGUGGAUCCUGCAUUACUUCGCCCAGGACGCUUUGAUUUGGAGCUCUUUGUACCACCACCAGAUGUAGAAGGUCGAUACGAGAUACUUCAGGUACUUACACGUAAGAUGAGUGUAGCAGAUGAUGUUGAUCUCAAACAAAUAGCAACAGAUACUGAGCACUUCACAGGAGCCGAGCUGAAGCUGCUAUGCAAGGAAGCUGUAAUUUCGGCUAUGAGAGAAGACAUGGAUGCCCCAUUUGUGUGCAAUCGCCAUUUCCAGACUGCAAAAGUUUCUGUAAAGCUAAGAUUAACCAAAAUCAAGCUUGAUUCAUAUUCUUCGACAUCAACUGCAGAACGAAACACCUUCAGUCUUUUUCCUCUAACUCAAAAACUCAAUGAGUUAGGGUAUAUGUGCUAUUAG